AAACGGGGAGGCGGGUAUGGUACGGUACCCGACCCGAACCCGGUCGAUUGCACCCCACGUUUGGUAUAAUUCCCCCUUCCUAAAAUUUCCUCGUGACAAAAUCGCUACUUGGCUUCACAGCAGUCUCCGGCGACAGCUUCGUGGCGCAUGUGAAUAGAGGACAAAAUAAAUCUUGAAGACUGGUGGCAAGUUUUUCUUAUGUUUUGCUCGUGGCAUCACUCGCUUAUCAUCUAAAAUUGGAUAGAUCUUUUGUUUGCUAUGUAAGCUGAAAACUUCUACAAAGCCUUGUGUACCAUGUCUGAUACUGAACUAGGCAGUGGUGAUGAUAAGAGUGGAAAGCAGAAUCUUCCUUCCUCGAUGAGCUCAAAAGAGAAAGGGAACAGCUCUCGGGGAAAAAAGCAUGUCGACGCUGAUAGGGGUGAAAUUGCAUCAGAUACGGGUGGUUUGGAUUUCUUAAAGCUUUUGGAAGGGGUUGUCGUUGUGUUGUCAGGGUUUGUGAAUCCCGAGCGUGGCAUGCUGCGCUCACAAGUGCUCGAAAUGGGCGGUGAAUAUCGACCUGACUGGACCUCAGACUGCACUCUGCUUGUUUGCGCAUUUCCAAAUACUCCAAAGUUUAGACAAGUUGAGGCAGAUUGUGGAACUAUUGUUUCAAAGGAAUGGAUAUCAGAGUGUUAUAACCAGAAGAAGCUUGUCGCGAUCGAAAGCUAUCUUAUGCACGCUGGAAAACCAUGGCGGAAAGAUAAAAGCUCCAAUGCGGGUAUAAGAGAUCAAGAAAAUUCACGACCUCAGAAACCUCACAAGCAGGUUGAAAAAAGGCCACAUCAAAAACUGAUUGCCUCUGCUAAACCGGAAAGUGGAGCUUCAAAUGCCAUUAAAAUGCAUCUUUCUCCUUCCAAAGUGAAGGUGUGGGCAAUCGAUGAUUUGAGUAAAACCAUUUCAUGGCUGGAGAGUCAAGAAGAGAAACCAGAGCCAAGUGAGUUGAAGAAAAUAGCUGCAGAAGGGAUUAUAAUUUGUUUGGAAGAUGCCAUAGCCGCUCUCAAGGAAAACCAGGAUAUUCACCGUGUGACAGAGCAGUGGAGAUUUGUCCCUCGUGUUGUCGAAGAGUUGGCAAGACUUGAGGAUGCAAGAAGUAGCAGUGGGUCGCUCUCAAAAGAAGAGCUUUCUGAGCAGGCUAUCACCUGUAAACGGGUCUACCAGAUGGAGUAUGAUAAUAUAGAUGCUAGUCCUGUAAAAAAGAAGCCAGAAACAGAUGAGGACAAUGACAAGAAAAAAGGAAUCAUGUCUGAUGAUGCAGGGUUUGAUAGUGAUGAGACAAUUGUAAUGACAGAGGAAGAGAUAGAUGUUGCCUGCAAAGAUCUGGCUUCUAAGCACAGGGAAUGAUUGAGGUUAUCUAUAAUUGGUGCUACAAGGUCGGAUUACAUGAACCAGGUUUGUUUGAUCCAUUACCAAACCACCAAAGGAAGUUAUGUGUGUGUUUUCUUUCCCUAUCUCACAUUCCCGCCAUGAAAUUUAAGAGCCUCAAUUGGAUGAAAUGGAAGACCAUCGAUGCUUCAGCUUAACAAAAGUGAGAGGUGUUCUUUUCUGUACAUGGUGCAUGAAUAGAUUUCAGUAUUGUAUGUCA